AUGCCUAGUAGAGGGGAUAGAGAACCUCGGAAGCGUAGGAGUAGGACGAGUCGGGAUUUGGGAUAUGAGGGGUAUGAUGGGCAGCAGGGGGAUGAUUAUGGGGAUGGAGUUGGAAAUGGGAAUGGGAAUGAUUAUGGACAGGAGAGGAGGAGGGAUACGGAUAGUAAGGAGAAUAGAGGGUCCAGAGAUUAUGAUCAUAAUUUAGUAAAGGGGAAGAGGCUUGUUGAUGGCAGGAGAUAUGAUGUUCAGGCUCCUGAUGCUUCGGUUGUGUUGGAAGGGUAUCGAGCGGAUAUUUUGAAUGGGUUUGAGGAACCACAGGCGCGGUACAAUCCGGGAAAUAAGGCGCAUCCGCAAAGCUCUAUGUUACUCAAAAUCAACGAUCCUAUACAAGUACAUUUAUUGGUGGAAACAGCGCUCUGGGAUGCAAAGGAGUACGAAAUCUUAUCGCCAGAAGAAGUCGAUGAACUGAAGAAACAAUGCCAGUCCCUGAACCAACGGAUUCAAACUGCGCGACAAAAUUUGGCGGUUCAUUCGAAAUAUCGCGAUGCGACUCGUUCAAUGUCAAAACUAUAUCCAGAUAAGAAGAAGAGUGUGGAUUCAAAUGAUCCCAAUAAACAGAAGCGCGGGAUAUUUGGAAAUAGAAAUAGAAGCAAUAGUGAUCAGGUUCGGGAAGCUGAUUUGGAGCGUGCGGCUAGUGAAAAGAAAUGUGAGGACCUGGCAGCCGAGUUGUGGUCUUUGGAGAAGAGAUUGAUUGAGCCGGAGAAUCGACUAUUGAAGCAUACUGCGGGUAUUCUGCAGAUGACACAUAAAGGCCCCAAACGAGAUACAGGGGGGGAAGAUUUUCACCAAGGGGUUCCACUUGGAAGUCCGGAAAGUAUGUACACAUAUCACAAUGCUAGGAACACUCUCGAAGUGAUCGAAGAUGAGUUUGAUGAAAGGAGUUUUUACCGACAAUUGGAUCCCUUGGAUAUAUCUUUUGGCGCUUUUGGUAUGAAUCAGGCAUUGGAAACGCCAUCGACGGAAAGGUCAAAAGAGCACAUACAACUCAUCUCGACGACUGAACAGAAAUUGGAGGAUCUUAAUUCUGCUCUGAGAGAAGUCAUCAUUAAGGCUAAUCCUGACCACGAUGCGAGUCAUAAACCAGUACCACUUGCAAGGACGAAUGCUCAAGGGAAACCAACCGAACCUGGAGAGACUUUACAGAGUCAUCUUGAAUACUUGGAACAAGGUAUUGCUACUCUGGGUCUUGAGCAUAGUGCCACCAAACGACAAGCAGAUGAACUUAAUGCUUCCAUGGAAGAUACUUUGGAAGAAUUGAACCGUGAGGUUAGGGGUCUUCUUUCUCCUACACAUCCAGAGUUAGAAGAACCACCAGCCAUCACCGGACAACAAACUGGUUUAAGGAAGCAAUUGUAUUAUUUCCAGGAUAUUAUUGCUUCGGUAGAAGAGGAACUUACAAAGGCUGCUGAGAUAGUUGCGAAGCCUCCAGUUAACAAGAGUAAAUCUGGAGACAGUGAUCAAAUGGAAGCCGUGCUGAUGGGUCUGUGGGAUAUCAUACAAUCUGGGGAGGAAGAAAUCCGAAAACAGAAACAAGAGCGGAAACAGAACCGGGCAGCGAAUGGUCGCGCUCCGCAGGAUGAAUCCGAUACUGGUUCUGAUAUGGGUGAUCCAAAUGAGCCAUUCACACUUCAAUCGUUUUCAGCCAAGGUACAGUGGCUGUAUUCUUCAGCUACUAAACUGAAGGAGCACAAGAAGGUUCUGCAACGACAAAUCAAACAACAACGAGAACUAAAUAAUACGUCCGAUGCCCAAAAGGAUGCCGAGUUAGUGAGUAAGCAAGAAGAGCUUGACAAGAUCACGGACCUUCUCGAGAGGACAGAACGCAAUGCCACCGAACUUCAGGAACAACUCAGUAACGUUACGACUGAAUUGACGAAAGCGAGACAGGCGGAUAAGAUGGACACUGAUGCUCAAGCCAAGGACUCUGUUGUUCUUCGUGAAGUACAAGAACAGCUCACCAGCGCUCGUCGCCAGCAUGAGGAUGAGCUUACAAACUCUCAUCGUGAAGCUUCGGAACGCAUUGCUAGUCUUACCGAUGCGCAUCGUGAUGCACAAGAACAACUUGCGAUUGCAGCUCGUGAUUCGCAGGAGCGGAUGGCUGGCCUGGCAACUACUAAUCGCAAUCUAGAGGAUCAGCUCUCUUCUGCUAACAAAGAGAUUGAGGAAUUGGAAACAGAACUGCAGGAACUCAAAGAUGAUCAUGGCAUUAAUAGUGCUGAUGUGACCAGCAAGUUGAGUGGGCACGAAGCUAGGAUCGCAGAGUUAUCGACUGCUGUGGCUGCCGCGGCCACGACUAGAGUUGCUCAUGAGAAUUCCUUAAGGGAGAAGGAUAGGCUACUCGCGGAGAAAGAGAAAGAGGUGGGAGACAUCAGUAUGAAGGUUGCAGAAUUGCAAACCGAAGUUGUUAUUGCAAGAGCAGAACUUGAUGGCGCAUACGGUUCACGAGCUCAGCGUGCUGCAGAAGUCGCCUCGAAUCCCGUCAUUCAGAAAGAAAUCGAUGCAAUGACUAAGAAGAACAAUGCGUUGCAAGAACAAAUGGACGCACUCCAUAAUAAAAACUUCAUGCUGCAAGGCGAGAUCGCAGAACUUCAAGCGGCGAGAUCUCCGGGUCUAGGAGCAAAUAAUGCGGAAGCGGAAACGAAGCUUAAAGAACUCAAAAAGGAACUCGAGGAAACGAUCGAAGAGUAUGAAGUGAUGACUAAAGCGUCGAUUGAAUGGGAAAAGGAGAGAGAGAAGUUGGAGGGGGAUAUUGAUAAAUUAAGGGAUGAGAGGGAGAAGUUGGAGAGUGCAUUGAGUGAUGAGAAAGUGAGGUGGUUGGGGAUGGGGAGUCCUGGGGAUGGAAGCGUGACGCCUGGUAUGGGUAAUACGAGCACGACGGUGUUGAAGGAUGAGUUUAAGAGGAUGAUGAGGGAUACGAGGGCUGAGGGAUUGAGGGCUUUGAGGGCCGAACAAAUAGAGAGAAGAAAAAUCGAAGAGGAAUUGAGGGCAAUGAAGAAGGCGCAAGGUCCGGGUAGAUCGGGCUUGAGUCAGAGUGUUGCUUGA